AUGGCCACCCAACUUGACUUCCCCGCGCUUUCUAAGCAGAUGAUGGGCAAAUGGACAACCGAAGGGUUCGACAUUUUGGUAUCUUACUCUGAGGAGAAAGUCAAUCAACUUCUCCGGGCGCGCUCAGAACAGCUGAAGUCCAUCCUGAAAAUGGGCCCCUUGGAGACAUCUUACGUCGACCCUUUGACAGACGAGACAAUCCACCUUAACGUCUUCAUGGACCUGGAACAUCCUCUUCUCCAAUUUGAGGACGAGCACGGAAACAUUACCCUUACAUUUGAUAUCCAGAAAGGACACUAUGUCAUUAUAGCCAAGAACAUAACCAAAGAUUUACCCUCUGGCAUGGCGAUAAGCUUCAAGACUACGCUCAACAAUGUUAAAGGUACAGUAGAAUUAAGUCAGAGCGAAGAUGAGUCCACAGGGAAAGGCGUGAAAACCGCAUCAGCGAACGAACUAGUUAUCUUCAACCCAGGUGAGAAGGACAUAUCGCAGCAUGUCUGCAUUACCUUUGAGAAGGCAUCAGCCGACUUUAUUGGCACCACCGAGGAGUCCAAAAAGCGUGUCGCAGGCAUGGCAUUCCUUUUAGGAGCCGUUAAGGAAUACUUCCAGCAACAUGCAGAGCUCAAGUAUUUUGUAGCUGGUGUUUCCAACAAAUACAAUCCAGAGUCAGGAUCAGAUUCUUUACAACCUCGCUCAUUUCGCUUCAACACAUUGAAAGGAAAGACAGAAAACGACGAAUCAGCGUUGUGUAUGUGGAUCUCAGUCAAGGAAGGAACAAACAGACCCGAAAGUUACACACAGGCUUUCGAGGGUACAUUUUAUGCCAAUGGUUUAAUCCCCAUUCCCCGUGGACGCACUUGCAGUCUAAUCAUGCACAAUGAUUUGCUUAUUAAACAAUUCAUAAUGCCUAAUUUAAGCAAAGGGUUCAAGAGCUUCAAGGACAAAACUUCUGGCAAGGGUGGAUUGAAUCUCAGUGCAACAAUGAUAGCCGACGAUAUAGACAUCAAGGAAAUGAAGAAAAAAGAAUCGUGGGGGCCCGGGGGUAUAAAGACUACAACAGUGGAUCCUAUGAAAUUUAGUCUCUCCGACCCGGAGACGACAAUCUCUUUCGGCGACGGCAUCAUUUCCAAGUCUAACAAGAUAAACUACACCAACAAGCAACAAGUAAAAUGGAAAAUAGACACAGUCACUGGAAGGGUCCCUGGCCAUGAACAUGGCACAACAAAUCUUGAGUUCAAGUGGACCGCAACGGGCUCGUGGAAAGAUAAGAAAACUCCUGGCCACCCUAAUUUGCUCGGCUUCGACUGGGCAGGUGACAAAAAUUGGACAAUCACUAAAUCUGCGGAAGACGUACAUUGGUGGGAAGCAUUCGGCGGGGCCAGCAACAAAAUACCUGAACCCCUUCAGAACUUGCAGGUCCCCAGCCCGAAUACGAAAUUGGAGAUGAACACACUCGACUAUUUCUUGACUACGAACUUGCUCUAUCCUGGCAAGCACAUCUUCGACGCUGAUGACCCUUCUUCGGGCAGUACUGACAAAGGACUUGCCUUUCCUCAUGACUUGAUUUUGACUGGCGAAACCAAGAUCAAAUAA